UUAAAAAGUAAUCACGACUAUUUUAGUGCUGUCUACGGCCAGACAGCUGAAGCAGCAGUUGCUCCAGCUGAGAAACUCACUCCUCCUCCUCCUGAAGGAACUGACAAGCCUGUCACUGCGAAAAUCGAAAAACUUGUGAAGGAUAUCACGUCAUUGAACCUCAUAGAGGUUGCUGAGCUAAGCGAUGUUUUGAAAAAGAGGCUAAACCUUCCUGAUGCUCCUCUUAUGCCAAUGGGAGGGAUGGUGAUGGCUAAACCACAGGAAGAAGAAGCAGCACCUCAACAGAAACAGUCCUCUUUCACAGUAAAACUCACGGGAUUCGAUGAAAAACAGAAAGUUCCAUUAAUCAAGGAAAUUAAAACUCUGUUAUCUGGGAUGAAUCUUGUGCAGGCAAAGAAGUUCGUCGAGAGUGUCCCGACGAUCGUCAAAGCUGACGUAGAAAAAGAGGAAGCAGAAAAAUUGAAGGAAGCGAUAACCAAAGUCGGUGGAGUCAUCGAGAUAUCGUAAAAAUUCACUAACAAUUUGUUAUUGAAAAAUGUUCUACGCUGUCUAGUUUUGUAAGGGAGAAUAAAAAAAUGUUUCGUCAA